AUGGCGUUUCUUCGGCGACCACUGCUGGCGUUCUUCACGCUUUGGCAAUUCGCUCGAAGUGAUGGUGGCCCAUUCGAUUGUGGCGAUGAGCCAUACCUGAUGCUGGAAGAGGUCUUGCACAACAACCUCGGAGGCCAUGGCCCUCACCAUGGAGAGGAAGGGAUCAUUUAUCAGGCUGUGGAGUAUUACAAGAACAUGCACCGCAUUGUGCAUGUGAAUCUUCAUGCAGUCUCCAGCUAUACGCCCUGGGACUCCUUCGCCAAUGGCCUCAACGGUCGCUUCGGGGUCUUUACCCAGGAAGCGGGCCAUGCCUUGGACGUGGUGUUCAGCUUUACCACCGUGGACAAGAAGCCAGUGGAGUUGAGAACCUUCACCAUUAGCUUUUACGACAUGGACAGGGACAAGAAGCCGGGCGAAGGAGUGGAGAUGGUGAUCCCGAAGCAGCCGUACACCAUGGUCUACAUGAGCAACACCACCCAGAUCAAGAAGGUGGGCCAUCCCGAUGGCACCUUCAGCUUCGAAGGCACCGAGAAAGGAACCUAUCAGGACAAUCCGGUGAAGGUGGUGCAUGAGCAGAAACUGGACGAAGACAGGUGCGUGGCCUUUGAGUUCAAGAAUGUCAAAAAGGUGCACAUGCGAAUCCAGUCCACGGCGGGCUUCAUGGCACGCACCACGCAGUUCGCCUGCCUCAACUCCUUCAUGUGCAAGGUGGUGCCUGACCGCCAAACCGCUUGGCAUAAGGACACGGCUGAGGAGGUGGAAGUGGGACCACAGGAUUCGAACCAGGCGCCCAUCCGCGCGCGCACCGGGCUGCUCUUUGAGUACACCUUUCCCAAGCACCUGUUCUUGGGGGACGACCUGAUCUUCAAGACCACCAUGUUGGAUGGACGGCCUUUGCCCAGUUGGCUUCACUUCAACCCCAAGACAUGCACCUUGAGCGGCACCCCCAGCGCUUCCGACCGUGGCGUCAUGAACGUCAAGGUGCGCAGCAUCAACUCCGCCGGGGUGGAAGCCUCAACCACGUUGACGCUGGACAUUGGUGGUGGUCCCGCGCUGGCGAAGCCCAUCCCUCUGCAGAGAGUGCGGCCGGGAAAGGACUUUGUCUAUGCCUUGCCCAAGGGCAUGUUCAUUGACACCAUGGACGGUGAGAAGUUGAACUUCAAAGCCACCAGUAAGGAUGGCUCGGAGCUUCCAAAUUGGCUCCAUUUCGAUCCAGCACAAGGCCGCUUCUAUGGGCUUCCGCCAGCGGAUGCGCAUGGCGUCCUAGAGGUGUGGCUGACCGCGAUUGAUUCCCAGCACUUCUCAGUCACAGACAAGUUCGACAUGAUCGUAGGUGACGGCAUUGGAGAAUUGAAGUACGGGCCAGACAAUGCGCCGCCGGUGGUGGCCAAGCAUUUGCGCGCCCAGCGGCUCAAAGCUGGCAGCGCUUGGAGCUUUCAGGUUCCCAGCGAGGUCUUUGUGGAUUCCGCCGCUUGGAGUUGGGAGAAGGGGCGUUCCGACGCCCCAACCACGAAGCCCGGUACCGACGUGGCGGUCGAGCCGGUCGACGCGGCGCCGGCGGCACCGCCGGUGCCAUGGGGCUUGGCUCGGCGCCCGGUCGAGCCGGUGGAAGACUCCAGUGGUGAUGAGGUGUGCUUCGCCGGGCCUUUGCUAGCAACCGGGCCCGAACCGGCCGCACCAGCGGCGGCAGCGCCCGUCGCGAGCAGGGUGGCGCUCGCGCGCUUGGGCUGCGCGAAGAAGGACCGGAAGGCAGAACCCGAGGCGAAGCCUGAGGCCCAUGCAGUUGGUGCUGCACCUGACGCAGCCGACGUGCCCGCACCGAACGGCGUUGGUCUUCGCUGGGCAUCAGCCAGAAACAAAUGCAGAGAAAACGUCCCUGUUGAGGAAGAGCAGGCCAGCUCCGAGGGUCUCGCCACCACGAGCCCGAGUGACCACGGGGAAGUGCACGGACGAGCUGCGAGGAGUUGGUGGUGCCAGUUCCUGCGGCUGAAGUUGCUGGAGACCCCCGGAGCGGCCUCCUUAAAGGUCUCUUUAGCUGGGCUCCAACUUCAUGAUGUGGACAUCCCUUCGCUGACCGCUGCCCUGGACAGAUUCCUCGAGGACCUACGGGGAGAAUGGGCGGACGUCAACGCGGUGUCCACCAAGGGGGUCGUGCCGACUCCUCGCCCUCUGCAAGUGCUCGUAGACUUCGACCUCUCGGAGAAUCGACUCACCGACUCUGGAGCCGUGUGGCUUUUCCGUUGGCUGAUGAAGAGACCACACGAGCUUGGAUGUCGCGCGAUCCGCCUGGCCCGCAACCGACUGGGUGACCCUUCCUUAGAGUGGCUAGCAGCCUUGAUUUGUCAACAACAUUCGGCCCUUGAAGAGCUCCACCUCUCCGACAACUCCAUCUCCGCCACAGGUGCAGCACACCUGCUGCUGGCCUAUGCUUUGCAUCCUUGCGAGGCUUAUCCGUUUCUGGACUCCGAGGGCUUCUUCGCCCCAGGCUACCUCUCGCUGGAUCGGAAUCCCAUCCAUGAGCCAGGGCUUUUAGCUCGACUUCGCCUGAGAUCCAACUUGAGAGCAUCCUGUACUGAUGGCACCUUGAGGACGUCAAGCUUCCAAAAGACGCCCCACGUGCAGCUGGGCGCGACCUUCCCCGACGAAGCCAGCCGCAACGCCACGGUGUUGCCGCUGGCGCUGGAGAAGCUUUGCGCCGGUGGCUCCUGGCCCGUGUUGCCGGAGCUGCCCAAGCCACUGCCCAAGGCAGCGGAGGGCGGCGAAAACGGCGAAGCUUUGACCCGACAUUGUCCACAGGGGCAAACGUUGCGGCGCGAGCUGCUGAUGGACGAUGAUGAAGGAGCUGGCUUGGAGCUCGAAACCGUCUCUGAGGGGCUCAAGGUCUGUGAGAUUAUGGAGAGACCUGGCCAACCAGGCCUGCGAGUCAAUGAUUUGCUGGUGGCCAUCGAUGGACUUCCUUUGUGGUGGCACGCCUGUCAGCAUGACCUGGUGGAGGAUGAGGAGGAUGAUGCCCCGUCAGCGCGCUUCCGUGCGCGCUUUCGGCGUGGGGCGCGCUUGGAUGUGCUGCGAGCAGAGGUCGAGGCAGCGGCGCACACUGCUGGGGCACGCAGGUAUCGCUUCGCAUGUCCGGUGUGCUGGGACGGCUUUGAUCGUUGGAAUGACUGCUUGGAGCACCUGCGGGAGCUUGGCCAUGAGCCGCCUAUGGACCACACGAAGAAGCUGGAGGACGCCAGUGGCUCCUUACGCCGAUGGAUGGCCACGUGCAUGGCAGCCGCCCGGGGCGAAUUCCCCAGGACGGGUGGCCGUCCUCGGGCGAAGGUCGAGCCCCCGAAGGUUGAAACCCUACUCCUCCCGGCACGCGUGGGCGUCCUUGGGGAGCGCCACAGGACGGUGGUGGAAUGCCUGGCAGAAGAAGCAUCACGCUUUGGUUUUGAACAUGGCUGUACGGUUUGGACCUUGCCCAAUGGCCUACGGGCGCAGGGGCCAAAGAGCCCGGACGGAGCGGAGUUCCGCGUGGCCUCCAUCGCCGAAGAGCUCUUGAAGAUUUUGCACUUCCAUCUUCCGGACUUGGAAGACAAGGAGGAGGAAGCCUUUGAGGAUCUCGAAUUGAUGGAGUGGACAGCAUGGCUGGAGCAGAUGUUGCAACAGCAGGCUGAGGAAGAUCGGCGCCCUCAACCAGAUCGUGGAAGCGACGGGCAGAUCGUGGCACCUGAGGAGCCCGGCUCCCGGAUCGCGGCGGCGCGAGUGCCGGAGAUCCGUUUGCUGCUGCUCUGUGGACUCCCCGGCAGCGGAAAGAGCACCUUGGCAGCUCGCUUCGCAGCGAGUCCGGACUGGACCGUGGUGAAUCAGGACACCUUGGGCUCUCGGCAGGCGUGCAUGAAGGCGGUGCGCGUGGCCUUGGCACGGAAGCGCAAAGUGCUGGUCGACCGCUGCAAUGUGACCCGAGCGCAGCGCGCGCUUUGGACACGUUUGGCAAAGACGGAGUUCCACCUGUCACCCUCCGAGCUGGCCUGCGCCUGGCUCGACGUGCCACAAGAGGAGUGCGCGCGCCGUGUGUUGCAGCGCUUUGGCCACCGGACUCUACCACCUCAGGAAGCUUCUUCGAAGGUCAUCGGUGGCUUCGCGCGGCACUUCGAGGAGCCGCAGCUGACGGCUUCGGCCGAAGGCUUUGGACGUGUGUGGCGCUUGAGAUGCGAAGCGGAUGAGGCGCUGCUUGCCAAUGAGCUCAGCUUGCCCACCGCAGCGGCUCAGCUUCCCAAGCCGCAGAGAACGGUGCAUCCGCGGAAGGCGAAGAACAAGAUCCCAAGUCAGGACUUCCAGCCACAGCAGGCACCACUCGAGGCACCGCCCGAGGUCCGUCCGGACCAGCUGCCUGAGCCGAAGCGAGUCGAGAAGAAGUCGCCCGCUGGCGGUUUAGUAGCUCCACCUGAGACCUGGACGUGCAGCUGUGGGGAGAUCAACAAGAUUCGGCGAGAGCUGUGCAACAACUGCUUCUUGCCACAGUCCAAGAGAGAUGAACAGGCCUCGAAGCUGGCCAUUUCUCCUUGCCCAGAUGCGCUCAGCACGUGCAUGUCGUGUGCCACGCCACCAGCAUCCGCACUUGGGACCUCGGAUGAGGCUGCCUUGCAGACGAUCCAUGCCGGACCAGGUGAAUCAGACGCAGGUGGUGAUGAGUCGCCCAGCCAGACUGAGCUGCGGCUGCUCCAGCGCCUGAGAGUGCCGCGCGUGUCGGCAGACUUCGAGGCUGAAGACACCGUCGUGGAAGGCGAUCUUGUUCAAAUCGGCACGGCCAGCCUCGGAGCCGAAUUCGCUGGUUUCUGGACGGUCAUCCCCUCCCGCCAUGGCUCUUUUUUGACCCGAAGAGUCAUCGCUUCCAUGGCACGCCUGGGCAAGGUUAAGCGGGUGAGGUCUGUGCUGCAGCAGGAAAAGAGCCAGACCGUCAUCAUCCACUGCUACUUGAGGGUCCUGGGAGCCGCGUCCACCAGGGACGCUGCAGCUUCGGGCGCCAUGCUGCCCUUGCGGCACUUCAAAUUGGAGACGAAGGCGUCUGUGGGGCAGAACUUCAUCUUCAAGAUCCCUGUGGGCACGUUUGGCCACGCCGACGGGUCGGGGCCCAGCUCCUAUCGCGCCGCGCGGAGCGAUGGCCGGCCACUGCCCAGCUGGCUGCACUUUGACCGUGCCACAGGGACCUUCAGCGGCAUGCCGCAGGCCACAGACACAGGCCCCUUGAGUGUGGAGGUCUUUGCUGAGGAUCCCCAGGGAGGAGAGGCGAGUGAUAGCUUCGUGCUGGAUGUGGUUUCCACUGACCUGGAAUCUGUGGUGUUGCGCGAUGCCAUCAUGCAUACCGCGCCGGGCACGCACAACUUUUGGAUCAUGAUGAUGUGCAUCUCCUUGAUUUUCUUUGCCUUCGUGAUCCUCUUGGUGGCCGUGGGAAUCUUUGGCUUCAAGGUGAGCAUCAAGAGGCGCUUCAUGCGUGAGAACAAGGACCAGGCCCCAGGAACCUUGAGGUCCGUCCAGUGCUGCGGCGCUCAGCCGGAACGCCCAGAGGGCUCCGGGCGGAGCAGAGCUGGACCGGACCGAAACCGGACCCGCGGAGCGUUUCGGUGGUCCGGUCCGGAGGAGGGAAACACCCAGAUUGAAACCAUGAAUGCUUUUGUGGAGAAAGAUGAUGAGUUGCAGAAAGCGUUCCACGCUCGAGGUCUUCUGAGACAGCGCGUCUCAACAUGGUUUGGGAACCCAGUCUACUUUGGAGUGGGAAUGGCGGCUGUCAAGCUCAACUCCAAUGUUCUGCUACAUACCUCCAAAGCUUGGAUUCAAAUCUUUGAUUUCGACUACUCUGGAGCUCCCCGGACCGAUACUGAUGUGGCUGAGAUCAUGAAUGUUUACUUGGAAGCUUGGUAUGGGGGUGUGAUGCCGAAUCCUGUCGCUGAUGGCUGUGGCGCCGAUAUGGAUGAGGAGUGGUUGGAGGAAGAUCUAGAGGCGCUUGGUGAUACUCCUUUGGAAGAGGACCCGGGCAUUAUUGAUGACAUGCCACCACCGCCUCUUCCAAACAACAUCCCACCUCGGAGAAGUGAUCCAUCAACCGUUGAAACAUUGCCAUUUGAGUUUGCUGCUGAAGUCUUUGAUGACAGUCAGCCUGUGGAUGGCACUGAACUGGGCAGCAGCCAAGUCGUGGUUGAUGAGAGUCAGCCUCUGGUUGAUGAAUGUGAGGAAGCAGUGACACCUACCGCGUCAAUUGGCAGAGCGCAGGGCUUUGACUUCAUCGAGCUCGAGAUCUACGUCGACUUCAUCAACACCUAUUGCUCCUCCUGCCCCUGCCCCCCCUGCCCCUUCGCAUGCAUUCAUCAAACAGGGCCACACUGUUUGUGCAAAAUGGAUGUGGCCUGA